AUGGAGGAUCUGACAGAGGUGAUAACAGCAGCAGAGUUCCACCCUCACCACUGUAACCUGUUGGUCUACAGCAGCAGUAAAGGAACUCUACGGCUCUGUGACAUGAGAGAGGCCGCACUGUGUGACAAACACUCCAAACGUGAGUACUCACACACACAGACAUAGACAUACAGACAGCCAUAGCCUACCAUCAGAAACACACACACACAGACAUAGACAUACAGACAGACAUAGCCUACCAUCAGAAACACAGACAUAGACAUACAGAGACAUAGCCUACCAUCAGAAACACACACACAGACAUAGACAUACAGACAGACAUAGCCUACCAUCAGAAACACACACACAGACAUAGACAUACAGACAUAGCCUACCAUCAGAAACACAGACAUAGACAUACAGACAGACAUAGCCUACCAUCAGAAACACGCACAUAGACAUAGACAUACAGACAGACAUAGCCUACCAUCAGAAACACACACACAGACCAUAGACAUACAGACAGACAUAGCCUACCAUCAGAAACACACACACAGACAUAGACAUACAGACAGACAUAGCCUACCAUCAGAAACACACACACAGACAUAGACAUACAGACAGACAUAGCCUACCAUCAGAAACACACACACAGACAUAGACAUACAGACAGACAUAGCCUACCAUCAGAAACACACACCACAGACAUAGACAUACAGACAUUAGCCUACCAUCAGAAACACACACACAGACAUAGACAUACAGACAGAGAUAGCCUACCAUCAGAAAACACAACACAGACAUGACAUACAGAACAUAGCCUACCAUCAGAAACACACACACAGACAUAGACAUACAGACAGACAUAGCCUACCAUCAGAAACACAGACAUAGACAUACAGACAGACAUAGCCUACCAUCAGAAACACACACACAGACAUAGACAUACAGACAGACAUAGCCUACCAUCAGAAACACACACACAGACAUAGACAUACAGACAGACAUAGCCUACCAUCAGAAACACACACACAUACAUUUUGUUCUUCUAUCCUAGUGGGGACCUAAAAUUGAUUUCUAUUCAAAAUCCUAUUUUCCCUAACCUUAACCCUAGCCCGUAACCCUAAACCUAACUCCUAGCCCUAAACCUAGGCACUAACCCAUUACCUUAAUUCCAUUACCUUAAUUCUAACCCUAAACCUAACCCCUAAGCUUAAAAUAGACUUUGUCCUCAUGGGAAUGUGGGAAAUGUCCCCACUAGGGAGGAUUUUCCUUGUUUUACUAUCCUUGUAGGGACUUUGGGGGAUUUUAAGUCCCCACAAGGAUAGAAGAACCAACCCACACACACACUUACAUUACAGACAUAUGCCGUACAUCAUACACACACACACACUUUGAAUACUUUAUUUGAAUCCACCAAUCAAAUGUACAUUAAAAAAGGAUCCAAACAUUUCAAAGGUCCCUGUAUGCAUGGCACUCAAGGGUACAGAAAGCAUACUAAGAAAGCAUACUGUUCUCCCAACUGCUGAAACAGAGCAGUACCUAGCCAACUGCUUCGCCUUAGCUUUUGGCAGACCCGCAAUCUGGAGGCCACACACACACACGCACAUACACACACACACACACACACACACACACACACACACACACUACUACCCCCAAACACUCACCCCCCUCUCCUCUCCUCCUCUAGUGUUUGAGGAGCCGGAGGACCCCAGUAACCGCUCCUUCUUCUCGGAAAUCAUCUCGUCUGUGUCGGACGUCAAGUUCAGCCACAGCGGGCGCUACCUGCUGACCAGAGACUACCUCACCGCCAAGGUGUGGGACCUCAACAUGGAGAACAAGCCCCUGGAGAUAUACCAGGUGAGGAGCCCAACUUCACUAUCAGCACAGAGACAUAGACAGUAUGCUAUUAAUAUCACAGAGACAUAGACAGUAUGCUAUUACUAUCACAGAGACAUAGACAGUAUGCUAUUACCAUCACAGAGACAUAGACAGUAUACUGUUACUAUCACAGAGACAUAGACAGAAUACUAUUACUAUCACAGAGACAUAGACAGAAUACAUUACUAUCACAGAGACACUAGACAGUAUACUAUACUAUCACAGAGACAUAGACAUAUACUAUUACUAUACAGAGACAUAGACAGUAUACUGUUACUAUCACAGAGACAUAGACAGAAUACUAUUACUAUCACAGAGACAUAGACAGUAUACUAUUACUAUCACAGAGACAUAGACAGUAUACUAUUACUAUCACAGAGACAUAGACAGUAUACUAUUACUAUCACAGAGACAUAGACAGUAUACUGUUACUAUCACAGAGACAUAGACAGAAUACUAUCACUAUCACAGAGACAUAGACAGAAUACUAUUACUAUCAGCACAGAGACAUUAACCUAACGUAGCAGGUGUAAAAGAAACGCCUGAAACUAGAUCCUCUACAUACUGGUCUUGGUGAAAAGAAAGACAGUGUGUGUAAUGUUACUAUUAGCAUAUACAGUAGACUAUGCGAGCGUGCGUGCAUUGUGCGAAACAGACCUGGGUCAAAUAUGUAUUUACAUAUUAUUAGGAUUUAUUAGAUUGUGGAACUGUCGCAUAAGCCAUGCAUUGAUGUCAGUGGGAGAUUUGUUUGAAAAUGGAAUUGAUGCGUGCGGAGCUCAAGUUGCUGGGCUCUCAUAUAUAAGUGUGUAGCAUGUGUGUGUAGCAUGUGUUACACAUGUUGAACCUCUCGGCUUGAAUGUCAAUGCCUUUAUACAUAUAUAGGGUCUACUAGCACUCACUUUGCUGAUAGCGGCUUCAUUGAGGAAAGGUUGUACGUACUAUGGCUGUGAUAUGUGGUUGUCUCGCCUUAAGAUGAAGGCACUAGCUGUAAGUCCGUCUGGAUAAGAGCGUCUGCUAAAUGACUCAAAUGUAAAUGCACUGUGUAUGUAACAUCUGUAUGUGUUGUGUAUGAUACAUGUGUUCCUGUAUGUUCAAUGUGUGUUUAGCAUGCGUAAGGCCAUAAUGAGUGCACAUGAUAAGUGUGUAGUGUGUAUAUAGGAUGUGUGCUCGUGUAGUGUGUGUGGGUGCGUGUGCGUACGCAUGUGGCGUGCUCUGCUGUGCAGUCAGGAGUGGGUGGUUGAGACGCGCUGGUGCUAUUUAUAGCCGGGAGCUCCACUCAUAAACUGCACUGGGAGAGGGGGGGGGGGAUACCUUACUGAGACCUACCCAUAUCUGCAAUGCAGCAAGGAGACAGGGAGGUGGGAGGAGGGAGAGGGGUGGGAGAUGGGGGAGAAUGAGGGACUCUAAAACUCUGUAUUUAGUCAUUUGGCUGUAUUUACUCAUGUAUUCCCUUCAUUGAAAUGAAUUGAGGAGGGGAGGGAAGAGAGAGAGGAUGAGGGGGAGAAAAGGGUAACAGAAAAAUACGAAAAGGUCAAAAAGGAAAAGUGAGGGAGGGGAGGGGAGGGGAGGGGUGUGUUGUCAGGGGAGAGAACAGGCAAUGUUUACUUUAACACAACACAUUUUCAUUGGUCAGCGAGAACGGUAUGGAAACAAACACGUCCAUAUGGUUUGAUUUACAACCAAACUGUGACCACCGUUUGAUCCGUUGAGGGAUUGACCAUGGAUUGACCGCUGCCCCUAUGCAGAGAGUGUAUUAAGCUUAUUAUGAAUAAAGCUAUCAUUGUACAUUUCAGCCCCUUGCAUCACCAUGCAGAGAGACUGUGUGUGUGUGUGUGUGUGUGUGUGUGUGUGUGUGUGUUGGCUGUGAACGGUGUGUUGAUUAAAUCUUGGUGUGUGUUCCUGCAGGUGCAUGAUUACCUCCGCAGCAAGCUGUGCUCCCUCUAUGAGAACGACUGCAUCUUCGACAAGUUUGAGUGUGCCUGGAACGGCUCAGACAGGUAGACGAAAUGUGUGUGUGUGCGUUUUGCCCUUGCUGUUCUUACUCCCCCUUUAAAUUGUACAGGGAGUGAAUGUGUGUGCACUUUGUGUUCAGAGUGCGUGAGUGCAGAAUUGGACAUCUUCAAGACUCUUUUCUCUCUCUCUCUCUCUCUCUCUCUCCCUCCAUCCCCCUCUCCCAGUGUGAUCAUGACGGGGGCCUACAACAACUUCUUCCGGAUGUUUGACCGGAACACCAAGCGUGACGUGACCCUGGAGGCGUCCAGGGAGAGCAGUAAGCCCCGGGCAGUUCUCAAGCCUCGCCGCGUCUGCCAGGGUGGGAAACGCCGCAAGGAUGACAUCAGCGUGGACAGCCUGGACUUCACCAAGAAGAUCCUGCACACGGCCUGGCACCCUACGGAGAACAUCAUCGCCAUCGCUGCCACCAACAACCUGUACAUCUUCCAGGACAAACUCAACCAGGAGAUGCAUGGCUGA